GCGGGAAACUCAGAUCGAAUCCAAACCUUGUUAACAAGUGUUGCAAUUGCGCGGCUGCUUUCUUAUCUGUCCUGAGUUGUAACGGCAAGCUUAAAGCGCGUCAGUGCUUAGACCCCUGCCAACAGUUCAGCCUCGUGAGCAGUGCGCGGCGCAUGUAUCGAGCCACGCCUGACCCCACUUGGGGCUUCACACAGGCUUCACCACCAAGCCAAGAAUACAGUGAAAGCCGGCAGCUUCAGCUCGCGAUAUUUUGACGGAUCACAGGGCCUUGCUGGUAUCUAAGCUGGUGCACCUGCUCGUUAUUUUCUCUGUAUGCUGACCAUCCAUCGGUAGCAGGGAAGCAGCUAGCAAGUAGCAAGCGCCCGCGCGACUAGGCUGCUACAUUGAGCUUUUUAAGUCUUGUUCUCAUCGCAUGCGUCUACUACAUACCUACACAAACCCAUGCGGCUCUUGCACUACAGCGAGAGCGGACAGCUCAGCAUCCACAGCUUCGAUGAUGGCGACAUACCCCCCUACGCGAUACUUUCACACACCUGGGGAGCCAAUAGCCACGAGGUGACCUUUGCAGACCUCCAGACAGGCGGUGGCAAGACAAAGCCGGGCUAUAAGAAGAUCCUCUUCUGCGGAAAACGGGCACGGCGCGACAACCUCCAGUACUUCUGGAUCGACACGUGCUGCAUCGACAAGGCCAACAAGGCUGAACUCGCCUUCUCCAUCCGGUCGAUGUUUCGCUGGUACCGCAACGCAGCUAGAUGUUAUGCCUAUCUGUCAGACGUUUGGAAGAGGAAGAGGAAAGCCGGCGACAGAGCUGCUGAGAUUAGCUGGGAGCCUGCUUUUAGGUCGAGUCGGUGGUUCACGCGUGGUUGGACGCUUCAAGAGCUUCUUGCUCCAACCAAAGUCGAGUUCUUCUCGCAAGAAGGAGAGAGCCUUGGCAGUAAGACGUCGCUGCAGACGACAAUCCGCGAGAUAACCAGCAUUCCGUCCGAAGUGCUCAAGGGAACCCCACUUUCUCGAUUAAGCGUCGAAGAGCGGUUGAGGUGGGCAGAAGGCCGAACGACUGAGCGCGUCGAGGAUAGAGCAUUCUGCCUGCAAGGUAUCCUCGAUGUUGAGCUAGCGCCAGUAUAUGGUGAGGGUGAGGCCGGCGCUUUCGACCGUUUGAAGCGCGAGAUGUACAAGCUGGAACAAUGCAUCCAAGACAUACGCCAAACAGACCCGCUUGAUGACAAGAAGCGCAUCGAGGAGACAAAAGGUGGACUGCUAGCAGACUCCUACCGCUGGGUCCUCGACAACGCCACUUUCAGGCAGUGGUAUGAGGACCAACAAAGCCGACUGCUCUGGGUGAAAGGCGAUCCUGGCAAAGGCAAGACGAUGCUAUUGUGUGGUAUCAUCGAUGAACUGCAAAACUCCUUACCUCAGACUGCCCUUCUGUCAUACUUCUUCUGCCAAGCGACAGACUCGCGUAUCAACAAUGCUACAGCUGUGCUGCGAGGCUUGUUAUACAUGCUUAUACGCCAGCAGCCGUCGCUUGCAUCGCACGUUCGCAGGAAGCACGACCACGCAGGCAAAAGCUUAUUCGAGGACGCGAAUGCCUGGGUCGCCCUAACGGAAAUCUUCGCCGACGUGCUGCAAGAUGUAAGCCUAGGCACAACAUACCUAAUUCUUGACGCGCUUGACGAAUGCGUGACAGACUUACCAAGGUUGCUUACCUUCAUCGCGAAGCAGUCGUCUGCGUCCUCUCGCGUUAAGUGGAUCGUGUCUAGUCGCAACUGGCCGGCUAUUAAGAAAGAGCUAGAGCAUGCUAAGCACAAAAUAAGGCUUAGCCUUGAGCUGAACGCCGAGUCGGUGGCUGCAGCAGUAGAGGUGUUUAUCCAGGAGAAGGUGUGUCGCAUAGCUCACAAGAAUCGCUACACGCCAGAGGUGCAAGACGCAGUGUUCCAGCACUUAACUUCGAACGCGAACGACACCUUCCUCUGGGUUGCAUUAGUAUGCCAAGACCUUAAAGCGACGCCUAAGUGGAACGUGCUUAAGAAGCUAGCUCAGUUUCCGCCUGGGUUCGACUCUCUGUAUAAGCGGAUGCUGCAGCAGAUAAGCGAGUCUGAUAGCGCCGACAUAUGUCUGCGGGUGCUGGCAGUGACUGUUGUCCUAUAUCGACCCGUCACAGUCGCUGAGCUAGUUGUGCUUACUGAACAGCUUACAGACUUUGUCAAUGACCUAGAGUCUGUGCGGGAGAUCAUCAGUCUCUGCGGAUCAUUCCUCAAGCUGCGCGACGACACAGUCUACUUUGUGCAUCAGUCAGCUAAGGACUUUCUUGUGAAGAAAGCAUUAAAUAAGGCCUUUUCAGACGGUAUAGAAUAUGUGCAUCAAGACAUCUUUACGAAGUCACUUACUAUUCUGCAUGAAACACUGCGCAGAGAUAUGUGUGACCUUCAAGCGCCUGGAUACCCUAUUAGAGACGUUAAGCAGCCUCUUCCUAGAUCUCUAGCCGGAUCGCGCUACCCAUGUGUGUACUGGAUCGACCAUUUCUGUGACUCUAAACAUAAAACACUAGCACAUAGUGCUACUACUCAAGAAGAGGUUAAGGCUGUAGACGCAUUUCUUAGGCAGAAAUAUCUCUACUGGCUAGAAGCGCUCAGCUUAUGCGGAAGCAUGGCCAGAGGAGUGGUCUCGAUGACAAAACUGUGGCAUUUAGUCCAGGGACUCGGAGAUAUGGAUGCAUUGAACAAGAUUGUGUACGAUGCACGACGAUUGAUUAUGUAUCAUAAGGAGGCAAUUGAGAACUAUCCUUUACAAGCGUACGCAUCGGCUCUAUUGUUCAGUCCAGCAGACAGUAUAAUAAGAAGGCUGUUCCAGUACGAAGAGCCAAGGAGAGUAGCUCUCAAGCCAGCUAUGAGCAAUGGCUGGAGUGCGUGCCUGCAGACACUCGGGGGCCAUAGGGGUGCUGUUAACUCAGUGGCCUUCUCGCAUGACUCGACCCAGCUAGCGUCAGCGUCAGGCGAUACGACUGUCAAGAUCUGGGAUGUGAGUAGCGGGACGUGUCUGCAAACGCUUGAGGGCCAUAGUAGUACUGUUCGUUCGGUGGUCUUCUCGCACGACUCGACACGGCUAGCGUCAGCGUCAGAUGACAACACUAUCAAGAUAUGGGACGCGAACAUUGGGACGUGUCUGCACACGCUCGAGGGCCAUAGCAGUUAUGUUACCUCGCUGGCCUUCUCGCACGACUCGACCCAGCUAGUGUCAGCGUCAGCCGACUGGACUGUCAAGAUCUGGGACGCGAGCAGCGGGACGUGUCUGCACACGCUCGAGGGCCAUAGUAGUGAUGUUACUUCGGUGGCCUUCUCGCACGACUCGACACGGCUAGCAUCAGUGUCACACGACAGAACUGUCAAGAUCUGGGACGCGAGCAGCGGGACGUGUCUGCAAACGCUUGAGGGCCAUAAUGGUGCUACCUCGGUGACCUUCUCGCACGACUCGACCCGGCUAGCGUUAGCGGUCUAUGACAACACUAUCAAGAUAUGGGACGCGAACAGUGGGACAUAUUUGCAAACGCUUGAAGGCCAUAGCAGUCAUGUUAGCUCGGUGACCUUCUCGCACGACUCGACCCGGCUAGCGUCAGCGUCUCACGAUAGCACUAUCAAGAUAUGGGACGCGAACAUUGGGACGUGUCUACAGACGCUUGAGGGUCAUAGCAGGGAUGUUAACUCAGUGGCCUUCUCGCACGAUUCGAUCUGGCUAGCGUCAGCGUCUCACGACAGCACUGCCAAGAUCUGGGACACGAGCAGCGGGACGUGUCUGCAGACACUCGGGGGCCAUAAGGGUGCUGUUAACUCAGUGGCCUUCUCGCAUGACUCGACCCAGCUAGCGUCAGCGUCAGACGACAGAACUGUUAAGAUCUGGGACACGAGCAGUGGGACGUGUCUGCAGACGCUUAAGGGCCACGAUAGUAUUGUUGGCUCAGUAGACUUCUCGCACGACUCGACCCGGCUAGCAUCAGCGUCAUACGAUAGAACUGUCAAGAUAUGGGAUGCGAAUAGCGGGACGUGUCUGCAGACGCUUAAGGAAUAUCGUACUAUUGUUUAUUCAGUAGCCUUCUCGCACGACUCGACCCGGCUAGCGUCAGCGUCUCACGACAGCACUAUCAAGAUAUGGGACACGAGCAGCGGGACGUGUCUACAGACGCUUGAGGGCCAUCGCGGUGCUGCUACCUCGGUGACCUUCUCGCACGACUCGGCCCGGCUAGCGUCAGCGUCUUACGACAGGACUGUCAAGAUCUGGGACGCGAGCAGCGGGGCGUGUCUACAUAGCCUUGACGUUGGCACAAUCCUUUCAUACUUGUCUUUCGAUUCUUCGGAUACUUCACUUCAUACAGAAAUAGGCACUAUCAUUAUCUCUAACUGCCAGAUCAUAGACCGCAUCGAGGCUGCAGCAUCAAAACUUCAGUAUCAGGGUGCCAGUAUAAGUUCAGAUGGCAAUUGGAUUAUAUGCGCUGGUAGCAACGUGUUGUGGAUACCCUCUGAGUAUCGACCGUCAAGCUCGGCUGUGAGCAAGACCCAAGUAGGCAUAGGAGUAGGAUCAGGAAGGGUCUGGCUUUGUCAGGUAACUUAGGCAAGUAACUAUAGAUCAAUAGAGGGCCUCUCUUAACCUA